GUCGUAACGAGCGGAAGUGCCGUACUCCGCCCAGUUAGUACCUUAUGCGACGUUUUGGAGCAGAUCCUCCAGCUCCGUGUUCCGCUCACCGGUCUGCGUCGGUAUUUACACCGGUGGUGGAGCUACAACAACAACAACAAGGAAAGGCGCAACCAUGGACCUUGUGGAUCUUGCCAUGCAAGGGCUCUCUGUCUUUGGAUUCAUUCUUUUUCUCGUACUGUGGUUUAUGCAUUUCAUGUCCAUCAUCUAUGUCCGUCUCUGUCUCCACAAGAAGAGCGGUGACAAGCAGCCCUACAGUAAGCUGGCUGGUGUCUCUCUACUGAAGCCUCUGAAAGGAGUAGACCCCAACCUCAUCAAUAACCUGGAGACCUUCUUUGAACUCGACUACCCCACGUAUGAGAUCCUGCUGUGUAUUCAGGACUAUGACGACCCAGCCGUUGAUGUGUGUAAAAAGCUCCUGGGCAAAUAUCCCAACGUAGAUGCUAGGUUGUUUAUCGGAGGGAAGAAGGUCGGCAUCAACCCCAAGAUUAAUAACCUGAUGCCGGGUUAUGAGGGGGCAAAGCAUGGCCUGGUGUGGAUCUGCGACAGCGGAAUACGAGUGAAACCGGACACUCUGACAGAUAUGGCCUAUCAGAUGACGGAGAAGGUGGGGCUAGUCCACGGCCUUCCCUACGUGGCCGACAGACAGGGCUUCGCUGCUACACUGGAACAGGUGUAUUUUGGCACGUCCCACCCGCGCUCCUACAUCUCAGCCAACGUGACGGGUAUUAAGUGUGUGACCGGAAUGUCAUGUCUGAUGAGGAAAGAUAUCCUGGACCAGGCUGGAGGGCUGAUCGCCUUCGCUCAAUACAUCGCUGAGGACUACUUCAUGGCGAAGGCCAUCGCUGACAGGGGAUGGAAGUUCUCCAUGGCAACGCAGGUAGCCAUGCAGAACUCUGGGUCCUAUUCGAUUGGUCAGUUCCAGUCCCGCAUGAUCAGGUGGGCCAAGCUGCGUAUCAACAUGCUCCCCGCCACCAUCUGUGAGCCCAUCUCAGAGUGUUUCGUAGCCAGCCUGAUCAUUGGCUGGGCAGCGCAUCACGUGUUCCACUGGGAUAUUAUGGUCUUCUUCAUGUGCCACUGUCUGGCCUGGUUCAUCUCUGACUACAUCCAGCUCCGAGGAGUUCAGGGCGGUGCGCCUGUCUUCUCCAAACUGGACUACGCUGUAGCCUGGUUCAUCAGAGAGUCCAUGACCAUCCAGAUCUUCCUGUCGGCCCUGUGGGACCCCACCAUCAGCUGGAGAACGGGGCGCUACAGGUUACGAUGCGGGGGUACGGCCGACGAGAUCCUGGACGUAUAGCCGCCUGCAAUGAGUCCCACCUACAGGGGCAAUACCCUGGGUCCAGUCACCCCCAAGGACCAGAGACAAUGCCAGACACAGACUGAACCUUGUCCCGGAUGGCACCCUAUUCCCUACAUAGUGCACUUUCUGACCUGGGCCCACACUUGCCUGUACUUUCUGCUCUGCUCAACAGUAGUGGACUAUAUAAGGAAUAAGGUACCAUUUAGGGACUCGGGCCAAAGAGAUGGUAACAUUUGAGAAGGAGAAACGGCUAUGGAAUCAUCCAAAGUGUUGGCUGUUUUUAAACCUUUGUGUUAAAAAUGUUUUCAUCCUUUAUGUUACUGGUGCUCAUCUUUCCUGUUUUAAUUUAAAACUCUUGCUUGGACGACUCUCCAAUAGGGAGACCGGGCCCAUGGCAGGAGAGAAAGGUUGUGUCCCAAAUGCACCCUAUUCCCUAUAUAUAGUGCACUACUUUUGACCAGAGCCCAAUGGGCCUUUUGUGGGAGAGAAGGGUUGUGUCCUAAAUGCACCCUAUUCCCUAUAUAGUGCACUACUUUUGUCCAGAGCCCCUAUGGGCCCUAUAAAGGGAAUAGGGUGCCAUUUGUAAAUAGCGUGACUCUCUUCAGCCAGGCUUUGGGGAUACGACGUGUACUUCCUACCGUAAGUUUUCACUAGGCUAUCAUUAAUAUGUUGGUACAAUAUCGCUAAGUCUCAAGCAGCACUAACUAGAAUAAUAUCGUUUUCCACUCACUUCUUUAGUUUUUAUUUAUUUUUUUAAAUAUGAGAACUACUGAAAGCUGUAAUUUAUGAAUUCCCUUUUGCUCUGUUUUUUUAAAUAUUUUGUUCCCUGGUCAGAUUUGUUUUCAUGCCAUGUGCUGGUACGCUGAUCUGUAGUUAUCUGAGCCAAUAAGAUCACAGCUGUACUUACUCAUCAGAAGUCUCCUGCUGAGCUCCUGGAGAAUUACUUCCUGGUUGUGCAAGCUUUUAUUACAACCCUGCACUAACACACUUUUUGGUCUGGACCAUGAUUAGCGGAUUUGGGUGUGUUAGUGCAGGGCUGGAACAAAAGCCUGACCCUACGGUAUGACGCACUGUUCUCCCUUCAC